AUGCCCUCAGAUACAAUGGAAGCAAUACUAGUGGAUAAAUUCGUCAAGACCUUCGCCGAACUUACUCCCAGAGAAGUGCCCCGUCCACAGCCCAAGGCGGGGGAAGUCGAAGUGCCCAUCUCGCAUGCCGCGCUCACGCAUGUGGAUAUGCUGUAUGCGCUGGGCAAGCAUCAGAAUAAUCGGAGGCAUAUGGUGGAUACAUCCUCGGCAACGAAUUCGCCGGCACCAUCACCUCCUCCUCCCCCCCCCCUCUUUCCCCCGGGCACCCGUGUCUUCGGCAGCUCCCUAGGCUCCUACGCGGAAUCCAUCUGCGUCCCCACCACCUCCAUCCGCCGCGUGCCCUCCCACUGGACCCCCGCCGAAGCCUGCGCCGUCGGCGCCUGGGGCGCAAUCAGCUACGGCGCCCUCAUCGACGCCGGGAAGCUGGCAAAGGGUCAGGCGGUGCUGGUCCUCGGGGCGACGGGCGGAUUGGGCGUCAUGGCCGUGCAGAUUGCCCAGGCGGUGGGGGCGAGCGUCGUGGUUGCUGUGGGCGGUGGGGAGGCCUCGGAGAAGGGAAGGAUGAUGAAGACUCUUCUUAGGGCGGAUUAUGUCGUCGAUUGUGAGGAUUGUGGUUGGGAGGGGAGGGUAAGGGGGUGGACGAGGGACAGGGAGGGAGUGGAUUUGGUGGUUGAUGCGGUUGGGGCAGUGGAGAACGGGAUCGCGUGUUUGAGGUAUAGGGGUAGGUUGGUGAUUGUGGGGUUUGCGGCGAGGGGAGGGAGGAUGGAGGAGCGCUUCGGCGAAGACGGCCGCCGCUGCCCCCACAGAACAACCGCUGCCUGGGAAGGUUUCAUGUCCCUCGUCGACGCCGGCAAAAUCCGACCCGUCAUCUUCCGGGACCGGACGUACAGAGGCUUGGGCGAGUUGCCGGUUGCACUGGAUGAUUUGCACAGCCGGAGGGUUUGGGGGAGAGCGGUGUUGGAAGUUCCUUCGCCUCCGGAGAGGGAGGAGAAAAAGGAGGUGGUGAAUAAGAGGUUGGUGGGUCAGGGGCUGUCGAGGCUGUGA